UCUUACGUAUGGCAACCAUAAAUCUGUUACCCCAGCAAAAAUAAAAACUGCCCAAUCUUGGUACAAUUACAAUUAAUUGUACCAAGUGCCCAAUGAAAUAAAAAAGUUAUACUAAUAAAUAAAAAUAUGACAGAAGAAGGAAUAGAAAAUAAAAUGGCCCAAAAAAUUUGUGAAGUUCAACAGCAAAUUUCCAAAUGGGAAAAGCUGUCCUCACAUUGCGAAGAAACAUUCCGAAUCAAGCUCCAAAGUUCUUUAACAUUACUCAAAAUCCAUGUAAAACAUUAUCAGCGCAUUAUGAUAACAAGAGGAAGAAGGGGACUACAGCGACGAAGAAAACGGCACUUGGUAUUGAGGAAUAUGCUCAUGCAAAUGGUAGAAGAUCUUCAGAUACAAUUUAUGGAAAUAAUACCUUUGUGCACCGAGCCUUCAGUACUUGUGAAAAUAUUUAAAGAAAAAACUGAUGAAAAAUUUAGAGAAUGGGAAGAGAAAGUAUCUAGAAAUAAUACCAGUACAGAGAAAAGCUAUGGUCUCUUUGAAGAUAUAGCGAAAUAUUCUGAGGAACAAUGGAACGAAGCGUUUCAUAUGACGAAAAACACUUAUAAUAUGAUAUGCCCACCUAUAAAAGCUGCUUUUGAAGGUGAAGAUACUUCAGCGGAAGCUUUAGUAGCUAUGUGUAUCAAUACCAUGGCGUCAGGAAUAAAUUUCCGCUCCCUGGGUCUAAUGAUUAAUAAACCCCCAACAUAUGUGCGUUCAAUUUUGUAUAAAUUUUUAGAUGUAUUGAUUUCAAACUUCGAAAGGCAAUAUAUGACUUUGCCUCUAACACAAGAUGAGGUGACAAAAGUGUGUAAAGGCUUCUCUAGAGCAUCCCAUUUGCCACCAUGCUGUUUGGGAGUACUUUGUGUAUUUGAAUUACCCACAUUUACGUACAUAAAAGAAGGUUGUAAAUCAUACGGCAUGGAUCGCGUUAUUGUGCAGACAUUAAUCGAUGAUCGCUUACAAUUUCGUAGAGUGAAGAUAUCCCACCACUUUCCAGAUAUGUUACUAAGCACACCAAAUGAAAUCUCCGAUAUAGAGGCUACACAUUUUGGCGGUACGGAACUACCAAUUUUUAUAGCAGCUCCUACCACAUAUCCUUUGUGCAGUUGGCUUAUGCAAAAAUUUGAAAACCCCCAGCAAGAGUGUGAACAUAAUUUCAAUCGAGCUCUGAGUCAUUUGAAUAUUUUCAGAGAACUUGCUUUGCAACGACUAUUUGGACGAUGGCAAAUUCUUUCAUCUUCGGAGUUCAUAGAACCUGAAUCAAAGGCUUUAUUGGUGAAGGCUUGCUGCAUUCUGCACAAUAUUUUAGAAACGUGUGGAGAGGCAUAUUCAGAGGAUUGGAAUGGAAAUAUUGAUAUAAGUAAAUAUCAUUGCCAAUACGAAGUGUCGAAGAGUGACAACUGCAAGGAAAUGGAGGAAGAUGCAAGUGAGAAGCGAAAUCGCAUUGCUAAUUGCAUGGUGGCAGGCGACAAAGACAAUGUGUAGCAAAUUGUCCAAAAAUGCUGUGGCCCGCUCCUAGGAAGAAGAAAAAUAUUUAGAUGUUUAUGAACGUGAUCUGUCAAUACUUUGCUAAUUCACUUACAAACGCGGGUUUGCUGUUUUUCACCGGAACGCGCUUUCUCACCUAUAACAGCCUGACGAGGAUCGCUACCUCUACAUUCAAAUGUGGCUACAACAACAGCGGAGUUGAAUAAAGAUAUGAAUAUGUAGUCGAAGACGUAAGAAUUCCGACCACCAAAUUCCCAAAAAUACCGGUGUUGGGUCCACACCAGCCGAACAUUGAGAUCUUUUAGAAUGCUGCCUUACGUACUGCGACGGGCUGUUUUCUCAGUUCUCAUGUGGAAGGUACAACUAAACUGGUGGCCAAAACGAAAGCCACCACCACAGAAAUUUCUAAAAAUAAAGUAUGUAUAAGGAAUUGUAAUCUACAAUGUAUAAUAUAAACAUGUGGAUAGAAAAAUAGGUGACUUUUUUUUAUCUAUUUAGAAAUUAAAAAAAAAAAAACUGUCACCAAGCACAUAUUAAAUAUUUAUAUCUUGCAAUGCUGUUCUAAAUAUAAAAAGGGCAAUCUCACUGUAGGCGUAUUCACUAUAGUAAAAAAUGUAGAGAAGUAUUUUUUAAUUUUGUAGUUUUCUGACGUGGUCAGUGAAAAAAAGUACGAUUUGAUUAAAGUCAUGAAAUCUCAAUUUUUUCUUGUAAUAUUUAUAAACAAAAGCAAGCAUUUAGGCGAAAUCAACUUAAUUGGCAAUAAAUGUAAAUUUACAGCCUUAUUCACAAAAAAAAAAAAAUAAAGUUAAAAACCGAAAAUAGACAAAAUAUGUCUUUUUGAUUUGAAAAAAGUUAUUGUAUGCUCAACCCUUCUUUAACAGUUCAAUAAGUAAAUUUUUGUGUACAUAAAAAAAAAUGCAAAAUAGAUUACAGAUGAAAUUUAUAUUAAGUCAACUAGACACCAAUGAAUCUUUCUCACAGAGCAUGACAAUUCGAUUUCAGACUAUCCCAAGGAAAUUCCUGUCAAUUUUGUGCACAAAAAAUUUAAUGUAAUUAUUUUGUUAAGAACAUAUUUCUAAUCGUUCGAUGCAAUCAAUUCUGACAGUGUAUGUAUCAGAACUUCAAUAUGUCAAAAAAUAUUAAAUUUUGAUAUUACACGUUUUGGUCUAAUAAAAAGGCGAAAUAUCAGAAAAGGGGAUUUUUCCAUCCAUAAAGCACAUUUUGAUUCUUUGUUUUUGGCUAUUUUUGAAUAAAUUGUAAAUCUCAGUAUAAUAAAUAAUUUCACGAAAUGCCAGAUAUUAGUGUGAUAUAAUAAGCAAACAAACUCGGUUUCCGAAUAAAAAACGGUUCAUGGAGCAGAAAAACCAAAAUGUUAUUUUUGAAGUUGCAAAUUUUUUUGUUUAGCUAUGUGUUUUUCACUAAAAAUUUAGAUUUGGUGUAUAUUUCAUACCUGAUUGCAUUGAAAAUGAGAAUAUACUUGCUCGCAUUUUUUCUAAUCCGGAUUUCGGAUGUAUUCAAAUCGCCACUAAACGAAAAUUGUUAUAGAAACUGAAAAUGUUGCCAGAACAAAACGAAAAUUUGUUGAUAAAUCUA